AUGGUCCUCUUUUCGUGUGCGGUAUGCUUGGAUGAGUGGUCUGAUCCUGAGACCCUGAGGUCUCUAGCAUGCGGGCAUAUCUUCUGCGGCGCGUGUAUCCGGGAACUCCUCAUGCAACCCCGGCCGCAAUGCCCCACCUGUCGUGCAGGUCCCAUCCGGCCUUCCCACCUCCGCCCCGUCUACAUCACCGUCGAAACGCGCGCCGGGUCUGAAAGUAUGACAUCGAAUGACGCUUCAUCGCGCAGAAUAGAGGCGCUAGAGAGAUCCAUACGUGACCUGCGAGUGGAUGGGAGGGCGCUUUCAUAUUUGGCCGAACAGCUGACGGAUGCGCGGGACGAGCUCGCAGAGCUCAGGGAGGAGGCACGACGCGUUCGCAAUGAGCACCGCCAUUCCACGGAGCUGGCUUAUAGUCGCUUGGAUGAGCUUGAAGAUGCUCAGAGCGAGUUAGAUCGUCUCAGAACGGAGCUGCAGCGUGCGCGUGAGACGGCACGCGUCAAUGAGAUGAAGUACAAGAACUUGAAUGUCAAUGUUCAAGGCGCCGUCAAGACAUUAUCCAGAUUCUCGGAGCCUCUCGACAAUUCUUUACCGCGGUCGCGUCCAAAUUGCAAUAGCAUCCGCACCUCCUACGAUUCGCGCGUCGGUAAGGGUGGCGGUUUCUGGUAA